UGCGCGCCCUUCUCGGCGGUCGGUGGCGUCCCGAUGCGGGCGCCUCGUGGGCAGCCCGCCCUGGAGGAAUCUCUGCAGCGAUACCAGAGGCGGCUCCGAGAGCGUGCUAAUGAAAGUAUCCAUCAGCUGAAAUAUGCCUUGGAGGAAAGGCAUUUCACUGAGAAUAAGGAUAAAGUUGGAUUUGACCAGUCCUCUGUGGACAAGGGCAGUGAUGAUGUGGACAGAUGCAGUGACAACAGUGGCGAUCCACCCUGGGAGGAGCUACAGCACAGUCAUGCAGUUAAUCAACUUAAAAUUUUGUUGCAACAUCAGGAGAAGAUGGAAAGUGAAGACUCUCCAUCAAGGAGAAAAAUGCAAUUCCGAAAAACCCCAAAAGCUGCAACAGAAGACUUACCAGACCCUUCUGAUCUUAUUCCUAGAAUUAAUGAUCAGUCUCAGUACAUUAACCAUUUAGAAGCAGAAGUGAAGUUUUACAAGGAGGAGUUGUCUGAGAUGAAAGAUCAGGUUCGAGUAGUUAUACUUGAAAAUGAAGACCUCCAUCAGAAACUGAAAUUUUUGACUGCAGAAUAUACCUUGGGUGAACAAGCUCUUCCAGAUACCUCAAACUCCAGGCAUAAUGACUUGAAGCUGCAUCAACCUUCUAUAUCGUCAUCAGCAUGUAACAGAGAUCCAGCUUUGGUUUCAAAAACUGUUGGAGAAGUAGAAAAAUGGCAUGUAGAACUGGAGAAACUAAAGCUUCUUUAUCAGGAUAAAAUCGAUAUCUUGGAUGCCCAAGUACAAUCUCUAAGGAAACACCUUUCAGAAUCUCAGAAGACAUGUGAAGAUUUGGAAGCAAGGUUAAAACACCAGAAAUCACUUGUUUCAGCCACAAAUUCUAGUCGAGUUGGUGGUCUUUGUCUCAAAUGUGCACAGCAGGAGGCAAUUCUGGCACAGACACAUUCUAAUGUUCACAUGCAGGCCAUUGAGAGAGUAACGAAAGAAAGAGAUGAUUUGAUGGAUGCACUUGUUUCAGUGAGGCGGAACAUGAAAGAGAUGCAGCAAAGAGAAUCUAAUGCAUACGAGCAAGUUAAACAAGCUGUGCAAAUGACAGAAGAGGCCAAUUUAGAAAAAACAAAGGCUCUAGUUCAGUGUGAGCAACUGAAAAGUGAAAUGGAACGCCAGAAGAAUCGUCUUGAAAAGGAGCUAGCUGUCCAGCUCAAUAAGAGGACUGAAGAAAAAGAAGCUCUGCGGGAAGAAAUGAAGAAAGAAAGGGAGAACUUGGCAGCAAUGGUGACGGCCAUGUCUGAGAAUGUUGCCAUGUUAGAGGCUAAGGUAGAGAGAAUUACAAGGGAAAAGAAUUCUCUGGUUAACCAGUUAGAAGAAUCACAACAUCAGCUUGCAUCCCACGAAAUGGAGAUGAACAAGGUGUGUGGAGAAAUGCGCUAUCAGUUGAAUCAAACCAAAAUGAAGAAGGAUGAGGCAGAAAAGGAGCUCAGAGAGUACAGAACAAAAACUAUAAGGCAGCUUGAAAUUAAGGACCAGAAAAUAGAAAAACUGGGAUUAGAGCUGAAUGGAAACAAGCAGCGUUUGGAACAAGCCCAGCAGGAUGUGGCAGGAGCCAGAGAGGACUGCCUAAAACUGACAGAACUGCUGAGUAAAUCUGAGCACCAACUGCACCUCACCAGAUUGGAGAAAGAGAGCAUUCAGCGCAGCAUUAGCAAUGAAGCAAAGGCCCGAGCCCUUCAGGCCCGGCAAAGAGAGCAGGAGCUGACACAGAAGAUGCAGCAAAUGGAGGCCCAGCAUGAGAAAACUGUAAAUGAAUUGGACUCAUUGCUGACUUCCCAGAAAACAUUCAUAGGAAAAUUAAAGAAAGAAUGUUGUUUGUUGGCGAGCAAAUUGGAACAAAUGUCAGAAAAAUACAGAUCUCAAGUCAACCAGCUUAGUCAGGAAAAAGAGUAUCUUCAUGGCAGAUUGGAGAAGGUGCAGAAACGGAAUGAUGAAUUGGACCAACAGUGUAUCCAGCAUGGGAGAAUGCAUGAGAGGAUGAAGUCAAGGUUGCACCAGCUGGACAAGCACUGCCAGGCCACUGCCCAGCAGCUCGUGGAGCUCCUCAACAAACAGAAUCAGCUCUUCAAAGAGAAGCAGCUGCUGACAGAAGAAGUGCAGUUUCUGCGAACACAGGAAAAGAAAUGGGAUGCAGAUCUCAAACAGGACACAGAUGGAAUCAAGUGAAAACCUGGAUGGAUGAAGAAAAAUGAGAACAAUUCUCCUCUGUACGCGCCUGAAACUUGGGCUUCUCUGAAGCUCACACAGAGAACCAUUUGCAGAGAAGCAGACAUGCUGCCUACCCUCACCUGCUUUGCAUUUGUUUUUAACUAUAGUGCCAUCAACAUACUGAAACAUUACUCCCCUACUGAACUUUCUAGGAAGACAUCUCAGACUUGCCUAAGACACUGCGAUCCAAUGUCAACAGCUGUGAUGGAGCACGUACUGGAUUUGUUAUUUCUACAAUUUUUAUAAAAUGUUUUUAUCUAUUUUUGUAA